AGGUUUUUCAUUUGUAUUUAUACUUUCUUUUACUGUUUCGGUUUUCAUAUUUAAUGUUAGUAUAUUUGUACUUAUUUAUUUGCAGAGGCGGUGUUUCAGCACGUGCAUGUCUAAUAAAGAAAAGAAAUCAGCGUCGGUCUGCAGCUGCGCUCCGGUGCGCAUCACAGUACAGCGCGUGCGCUCCGCUGCUCCGGUUCCACCGUCUCCUCCUCGCGAACAUGGCGGCGCCUGCGCUCUCCAGCCGGGCUGGUUCAGCUGGCAGCAGCCCCACCGCCACCCCGAACAGCACCAAACUCGUCCCGCACUCCCCCGAGCUGGACUUCAGGUCCGGAACCAGGAUCGAGGAGCUCAACCGGCUGAUCGCCGAGUUCAGCAAGCACGAGCAGCGUGAGUACGACGACCAGCGAGCGCUCGAGAUCCACACGGCCAAGGACUUCAUCUUCUCCAUGCUCGGCAUGGUGCAGAAGUUGGACCAGAAACUUCCGGUUGCCAACGAGUACCUGCUGUUGUCCGGUGGGGUCCGGGAAGGCGUGAUUGACAUGGAUCUGGAUGAGUUGACGGUAUAUGCGCGGGGAGCUGAUUACGACAUGGACUUCACGUUACUGGUUCCCGCGCUCAAACUCCACGACCGAAACCAGCCGGUCACGCUAGACAUGCGUCACUCGGCGCUCUGCCACUCCUGGCUCAGCCUGCGUCUGUUUGAUGAGGGAACCAUCAACAAGUGGAAGGACUGUUGCACUGUUGUAGACCAUGUUAACGGCGCUACCAAUUACUUUUUCUCACCCACGCUGGUUGCCGACUGGUUCUACGAAUCCAUUAGUAUGGUCCUGGCGGAGAUUCAGAAGAAGCCGCAGCGUGGCGUCCCGCGGGUCGAGAAGGUCGAGCGCAACGCAACCGUCAUCUCCAUCAUUUUGGGCGUCGGAGGCAGUCGGAUGCUGUACGACGUGGUUCCAGUAGUGUCAUUCAAAGGCUGGCCAGCGGUGGCCCAAAGCUGGCUAAUGGAGAACCAUUUUUGGGACGGGAAAAUCACGGAGGAGGAAGUGAUUAGCGGGUUUUAUUUGCUGCCUGCUUGCUCUUCUACAGGCCAGAAGGAAAACGAAUGGCGCUUGUCGUUUGCGCGCAGCGAGGUGCAGCUGAAGAAGUGCAUCUCUGCGAGUCUCAUGCAGGCGUACCAGGCUUGUAAAGCUCUGAUUAUUAAGCUUCUCUCUCGACCCAAAGCCAUCAGCCCGUAUCACCUGCGCUCGCUCAUGCUUUGGGCCUGCGACCGCCUGCCGCAUACGUACUUGGCACAGGAAGAUUACGCCGCGCACUGUUUGCUUGGGUUGAUCGACGACUUGCAGCACUGCUUGGUGAAUAAGACCUGCCCUAAUUACUUUAUCCCGCAAUGCAACAUGCUAGAGCAUCUUAGCGAUGACAUGGCCAUGCUGCAUGCUCGCAAGUUGUCGUCAGUUCGCUCUGACCCAGCAGAACACUUGCGGAGCGCGAUCGAGCAUGCAAAAGCCGCGUCGCGGCUCACGCUUGAGCUCCAGUGGCGCGGAGGAAGCUCAAACCUGUCAUCCCCUCUGUCGGACACCGGAGCCGAUCAGCAACCAGAUGACCGGCUCGCGAAGAAACUCCAGCAGCUGGUCACGGAGAAUCCUGGGAAGUCCAUCUCAGUCUUCAUCAACCCAGACGAUGUCACACGACCUCACUUUCGCAUUGAUGACAAAUUCUUUUAAAGCCACGCUUAUUGAUCAGAUUGGCUGUUGACUGGGAACAAGCUCACUUUCGCAUUAAUGAUAAAUUUUUCUGAAGCCACACCCACUGAUCUGAUUAGGCGCUGGCUGCAAACAACAUCAUGCAACCUAAUUUUUUAAUCCAUAACAAAUUAUUUUGAAGCCACGCCCUCUGAUCUGAUUGGGCACUGGUUGCAGAUGACCUUACAUUUGCAUUGAUGACAAAUUCUUCUGAAGUCAUGCCUCCUGAUCUGAUUGGGUGCUGACUGUGCUCACUUUCACAUACAUGAUACAUUUUUCUGAAGCCACGCCCACUGAUCUGAUUGGGUACUGGCUGCAGACGACCCCAUGCAACCUUACUUUUGCAUUGAUCAAUUUUUUUCUGAUCUGAUCUGACGAGUUCACUUUUGCAUUAAUGACAUUCUUCUGAAGCCACGCCCUCUGAUCUAAUUGGGUGUUGGCUGCAGAUGACCUGACAUUUGUAUUGGUGACAUUCUUCUGAAGCCACGCCCACAAUCUGAUUGGGCGCUGACUGCAGAUGAUGUUACACGAACUCCCUUUCGUAUCGAUUAUAAAUUCUUCUCAAGCCACGCCCAAUGAUCUGACUAGGAGCUGACAACCUCACUAUAACAUUAAUUAUAAAUUAUUCUGAAGCCACACCCUCUAAUCUGAUUGGGUGCUGACUGCGGACGACCUCACUUCGCAUCAGUGGCAUUCUUCUGAAGCCACGCCCCCUGAUCUGAUUGGACGCAGUUUUUAAAAAAAAAAAUUUUUCUUUGUGUUUUUAAUGAGUCCCAGAAGCAGGAAGCCGUGUGUUUUGCACAGCGCCGGAGAUGUUAAACACUUCAGGCUCUGAAUAUGAUGUUAAAAAUGGACAUGAUCCUGUUUCACUGCUGCCAGUUUGAAGUCGUGUUCACGUAUCUGUUCCUCCCCAUUAUGGACGCCGAGCUUUUACGGGAAGGAUAGAGAGAGCGGAAGAUUUAUGGAAGGAUGUGGGGUGAGGACGGUUUGUGGAAAACAGGAAACCCAUAGCUCCACUCAGAAGUGCAAUUAGACAGUGUGUUUAUACGCUUUACUUUUAGACCAAUCAGCCUCACCCAAUCAUGUGAUCUUUGCAUGUGAUUGGUUGGAGGGACGGAUCAGAACAGACCAAACGUGAAUCUUCGAGCUCUACAGGGACCAAUCGUAAUGCCUUAUCACACAAAUCAACCAAUGGGGUGUUUUUAUUCUGAUUAAGUGGAUCCUAAAGACUCUUUUACAGCCCAACCGUGUGUUUCUCUUUAUAUCUGAAU